ACUCAGACCGGUUUCGAGGAGAGGGAGAACCUUUAGUGUGUUUAUGACGCUGUGACGAGAAUUCUCUGAAUCAGUUGGUCAUCACGCGGCAGACGUUGAGCAGUGGACUUUUUUCGCAUGUGCUUUUGGUUUUGAACUGCAUUUUACCGUGAUUGGCUCUGGUUUGCCCCUCUGAGGUCAGCAGUAACAUCACAGCAGUACCCACCAUCAUGGCGGACUUAUCAUUAUCAAUGGCCGAGUUUGAACAUUUCCGGCCGCAGCACGACCGCAAGCACCACUUCCGUAAUGGCGUGCCGAGCCCCAGCCACAGUGCCCACAACCUUCUCAUCCGCACCUCGCUCCAGAAGCGCACCCUAGAGAAGAAGGCCAAGAAAGUACGCUUCUAUCGCAACGGGGACCGCUUCUUCAAAGGGAUUGUAUAUGCCGUCUCUACGGAAAGAUUCCGCACGUUCGAGUCGCUGCUCGCCGAUCUGACUCGGACUCUUUCGGAUAAAUCCCACCUGCCGCAAGGCGUGAGGCAAAUCCUCACCAUCGACGGCGCUCGUAAAAUCUCCAGUCUGGACAUGUUGGAAGCUGGAGAGAGCUAUGUUUGUUCUUCCAUCGAGGUCUUCAAGAGGAUCGACUACAUGAAGAAUAGCGACACCAGCUGGCGUGUUGGCGUCGCCAAGAAGGAGAAGGAUACAUCUGCAAGCAGGGACAGCGGUACCCCCAUGCCACGCUCCACCGAAGGACUGAUCGAAGACCACCGAGAUUUUAUCAAACCGAAACUUGUCACGAUUAUUAAGAGCGGUGCGAAGCCGCGCAAGGCGGUGCGCAUCUUGCUGAAUAAGAAGACGGCGCACUCAUUUGAUCAAGUCCUGACGGACAUCACUGAUGCGAUCAAGUUGGAUUCUGGAGCUGUUAGGAAACUCUACACAUUGGACGGCAGACAGGUAACAUGUCUCCAAGAUUUCUUCAAAGAUGACGAUGUCUUCAUUGCGUAUGGACAGGAGCGCUACUCCCACGAUGACUUUGACAUUGCAGUCGAAGAAUGUAAGAUGGUGUCGCCGUACCGCAACACCAAACGUAAAGACCGAGUGAUGAUGAAAAGCCCAGGGACUCCACGCCGGACAGCUUCCCCAAAACUCUCCACACAAAUGCCUCGCCAGGACGUUCCCUUCUAUCCUUCAUCGACAACGCCCAAGCCCUCUACUGCCACCUCCCUGAGACCCGUUAUCCCACUCAAACCUAGCACACCCAAGAAUCAGCAGAGCACAUCAUCAGCGUCAUCAAAGUCAAAGGGCAGCAGACGUGGGUCAGGGACCUCGAGUACAGAUACAGGACACGAUGCAGAGUAUUCCCCGCAAGAGGAAAAUGGCGUGUACGACAGAGAGGGCGCCCUCUACCAGAAGUACGAAGUAGGACGCGUGAUCGGAGACGGCAACUUCGCUGUGGUCAAGGAAUGUUUGAACAGGAUCAACAUGGAGGAAUUUGCCCUAAAAAUCAUCAACAAGAGGAAAUGUAUCGGAAAGGAGAAAAUGAUAGAGAAUGAAGUGUCCAUCCUUCGCAUGGUUCAACAUCCAAACAUCAUUCGUCUUAUUGAAGAUUUUGAUACUCAAGAUGAGCUUUUCCUUGUCAUGGAGUUGGUCAAGGGUGGUGACUUGUUCGAUGCAAUUACUUCUGCCACCAAGUACACUGAGCGUGAUGCAAGCUGCAUGGUUCACAACCUGUUUAGCGCCCUCAAGUACCUACAUACCAUGAAUAUCGUUCAUCGCGACAUCAAGCCUGAGAAUCUCCUGGUUUGUGAGCACGUAGACGGGACCAAAUCCCUGAAACUUGGAGACUUUGGUUUGGCGACAAAGGUGACCGGUCCUCUGCGAACUGUUUGCGGGACACCAACUUAUGUGGCUCCAGAGAUUAUACUUGAAACAGGAUAUGGUAUGAAGGUUGAUGUUUGGGCAGCUGGAGUCAUCACCUACAUCUUACUCUGUGGAUUCCCUCCAUUCAGAAAUGAAAAUAAUGACCAAGAGGAACUCUUCGAUCAGGUCAUCUCUGGAACCUUUGAGUACAUCUCCCCAUACUGGGACUCCAUCUCUGAGGUUGCUAAGGAUCUAAUUUCUUGCAUGCUGGAGGUGGAUGUAGAAAAGCGAUUCACUGCUGCACAAGUGAUGGAUCACCCAUGGGUGUCUAGCGAUGAUGGCGGAGUGCGAGUUCCAAUCAAUUUAUCCAGAAAACUGAAUUCACAUUUCAAAAUCAAACCGAAGCCUUCCAUCAAAGCUGCUGGAAUUGCACUGAUAGCUGCAACUGCUCUUGACAAAGAUGGUAAGUACUUCCAAGGUCGCCGGCCAAGAGAGGGCGCCGAUGGGGCAGAGUACACGCCUGACGAUGAUGAAUGCACAUACUGAGUAGGUUAGGCAACACCAAAACGGAGAUGCUGUGAGGCUAAUUUCUUCCUACAAGUUGUCUCAUGCUUCAUGCUAAUGCAAAGACUGCAAAGAUUUCUGGUACUGCCAAUGAUUUGAGAGCAUCCUUGCAAAACCUUGAACUUCGGUGGGGUGGGCGGUGCUGGCUAACUGCCCCCUGUAUUUAUUCAGUUUACUAUUUAUACUGCCACCUAUGUGUUGCAUAGCUUAUAUAUGGCCACAAGUUUUCUGAAUAAUAUCCAUUCCAAUUUUUUUCUGAAAACGAGAUUAAGAAUCUGAACCUUGGUCUGAAAUAAGUAAAAAAAAAAAAAAAAAAAAAAAAAAAAGGAGGAUGAUUA